GUAAUUUGAGAGUAGCAGUGAGGUAUUAUUAGCCAAAACCGGAGCGCGGCACUUGAGACAUCCAGAUGUUGCGUUUGAGGCACCAAGUGGAGUCUGGUGAAGGCUACAACUGUUUUCCACGCUGAGACCAACUUUUUCAUACAUUGCUUUCCUGCUCUUCGACAGUGAUGGACGUUGGCAGGCGAGUGAAGGAAGACAAGUGAGGCUGUUAAAACGAUUUCAAGCCUUUUUAUCUGUCGGACAAAGAGGAUACUGAAGAGGAGGUUAAAGCUGCAACAAAGCCUGGAACAACUGCGCAGUAUGGACGAUUAAACCCGUUUGAAAUGUUUGUGUUUCUACACCGGGUUGGAAUCAAAUAGCCUUACAGGGGGUCACUCCUUGAGAUAGCGUUUUAGGACUUUUAUUUGACCUGUUCUGAGUGUCUUUAGAGCAUCAUGGCUUUUCUUCACUUGCUCCUGUGUGCUGGGAUGUUAUCACUGCCGAUGUGUGCGGCGUUUUUCAGCGGACCGUUACAACCGGAGAUGUCCAACGGCACUUUUCAUCACUAUUUCGUGCCGGAUGGCGACUACGAGGAAAACGACGACCCGGAGAAAUGCCAAAUGCUCUUUAAGAUGACCGACGAAAGAAAGUGUGGACUCCCCGAGGACCAGGACGCGGUCAUACGGGAUGAUUUCACCAUCAUAAAGAGGCAGAUUGAGGACUCUGCCAGGGUGCUGGAGGGCAUCGGGAAAAGCAUCUCGUACGACCUGGACGGAGAGGACAGCUACGGGAAGUAUCUGCGCAGGGAGACGGCGCAGAUAAGCGAGGCGUUUACAAACUCGGAGAAAUCUCUGCUGGAGCUGGAGGUGAAAUUCAAGCAGAGCCAAGAGAGCGAGCUGAAAGAGGAGCACCGGCUCAACGACGACUUCCUCAACAUGAUAGUUCACACGCGGGACGUCCUGAAAGACACGCUGGACAUUUCUCUGGGACUGAAGGACAAGCACGAGCUCCUGUCUCUGAUCAUCCGCAGCCAUGGCACGAGACUGAGCAGGCUGAAGAAUGAAUACAUGAAGUACUGAAAAAACUCAACCAUAAACUUCUCAUUACAGUAUUUUAUUUCUUUUUUAUUUUCUUGUGGUGGAGUGUGACUGUGAGGCAGGAGUGAUGAAUGUUAGCAGUUAUAUCAGGGAUUUAAAAAAGAAAAGAAAAAGUUAAAUUAAGCACCAAAAAUACAUUAAAAGGGGGUUCUUCUGUUAGCCCUUUGUCCUUAGAUAUCCACACAAAGUUUGAAAACUACAGAGAAGUUAGUUUUUGCAGAGUUUGCUGGUGUUUUGAGGUGUCUUUCGCCAAAGUUUGAUUGCAAAAUAGCAAAAAAGUUUUUUAUUUCCAAGGCACAAAAGUCCCCCCUGGAGACCCAGAUGUGCCACAUCAACACGUGCCAAUUUAUAAAGGUAAUCUGUUUGUUUAGAAUUGUGUCUUACAUACAUUACCAAAGUGCAGCAUUGGUCAUGAUAGGUUUAAUAACUCAGUGUUAUAGUCAUGUCUUAGAGGUUGAUGUCGAAAUCUUCUUUACAGUAUCCAUUGUUUAGUGGAAACAAUCAAAACACAAAUACAUGCAGAUUUUUUUUUUCUUAAUGUUCUCUGCAGCCAACUGAGGGUCAAAAAACAUCAGCCUAAUUGAGGUCAUAAAUGUACUCAAGAAAAACUGGUGAAUUUAUAGGACUUUUCUCACACUUUCAUGCCUCAUUUAGAUACAAGAUUAAAUUUACAAACUGUGACUCUAUAGCCACACAGCACACACCACAUGGGGGUGAAAUGCCAUUCUUCUGCUAGCCUUAUGUCCUGAAAAUAACUUAGAUAUCCUCACAAAGUUUGAAAACUACAGAGAAGUUAGUUUUUGCAGAGUUUUCCGGUGUUUUGAGAUGUCUUUUGCCAAAGUUUGAUUGCAAUAUUGCAAAAAAGUUUUUUCUUUCCAAGGCACAAAAGUCCCCCCCGGAGACCCAGAUGUGCCACAUCAAAACGUACCAAUUUAUAAAGGUAACCUGUAUUUUUUACAUACAUUACUAAAGUGCAUCAUUGGUUAUAAUAGGUUCAAUAACUCAAUCUUAUGGUCAUCUCUUAGAGGUUGAUGUCAAACUCUUUUUUACAGGGUGUAGUAAGAAGUGACAGCAAGCGAAACACGUGGUAUAAAUGGAAGAUACUAUUUAUAAACAUGAUUAUAUUAGCAUAAAACAGGUUAACUAAAUAUAAAAAAAAAAAAUUCUGUUGAUUUUUAAUGAAUGUUUCACACCUACAGAGCAGCCCCCAUUGACAGAGGACACCAUUCACACACCCAAUGUUUCUAUAGUAACAGAAAAUGGAAAGACUAACAAAGGUAGAGCAAGUUUUUGUAUGUGGUGAGUGGCUGCCAAAACUAAACAAGUUGGAUGACAAAGAACACAAACAAGGAGUGGUUGUUGUGUACAAAGAAUUUGUAUUGAUAAAAGUUCUCACUGUAAAAAUGAGCAGAAAGCUUCUUAUUCUCAAAGGCUACCAUCGCUUAUGGGAUUUCACCAAGAGAAGGGGUGAGCAUGGGGGCGUUUCACUCCAAAGUCAGACCACUAGAUAUCACUAAAUAUUCCCAUUUCUACACGGUGUACCUGGAGGACCAUAAUAAAUUUGUUUUGGUUUGCAAUGUGCUCAGUGAAGUGACAUCCCAACAAAACUCACAAGAAUUACAAACAGUACCAUUUACAUCGAUUGCAGUCCUAUCAGAAAUAUUCUAAGGGAGGUUGCAUAACCACCUGGCUCCCAUAACCAAAGCCACCAUAAAACUCUGCUUGUGAUUAGCUACUCUAUAAAAGUCUUUUGGACUCUAUCUCACUCCAAAAGUGUUUCUUUUUAUGUAAUAUAACCUUUUUUGAAUGGGAGAUUGGGUUAUUAUCCUCUCCUGCAGUAUCUGCAGUUUUAUAGCGACAACAUGGUAAUAAAUCCUCCAGACAAAGCACCAUUGAGAAGUUAUUAACAGAUAAAAGAACCAGAGAGAUAGUCACAUUUUCUAAAAGAUCCAGUGAACUUACACUAAAUCAAAUCAGAGUACCUCAUCAUAUUGGUGCAAAUGGCCAUAGAAAAAUCCAAUACUACUAUAAAGUGGUCAUGUUCAGUGAUUUGCAACACACCCACUGAUAUCAAGGAGAUAACUGUCACUAUAUAAAAGAUAUAAAAGUCUAUAGACAAUCAUCAUGUAGAGACUUUCAUUAUUCCCACUCAAACAGACCUGUAAUACUCAAACAUUACACUUUUAAAAGUGGUUUUAUCUUCACACUAAAGGUGAUGAAAGUAUAAUGACCUUGUCUGGUAAUUAAUCAAUUAAUUAAGGCUUGACUGUUACAGAGACAUUAAUGAUCUACCAGUCAAUAGGCCACACCAAAACUGCUUCUUUAAUGGUCCUUUGUGGUUAGUGCAUUGAAUUAAACUGUCAACAGUCACAGGGUUGUGUGUGUACAUAAAGGAGAGAGAGUAUGUCUGUGUGUGUACAUAAGAGAGUGAAUGUGAGUGUGUGUGUGUGUAUAUGUAAAACAGCAGUUUUCCAGCAUGAGUCAGCCAAUCAAAAUAGUGUGAACAGUUUACUUUCAUCAGAUGAAGGGAUUUCCAAACUUUAUUCAGUCCUCCCUGAGCAGUGAGGAGAGAAGUUUGGAGAUUUUUCAGCGUGCUCGCUCAAGGUAUUAGUCAGAGUUUAAACACAUAUCCACUUGAGUAUGCUUCGUUAUUUUCUCUUUAGUUUUUGGACUCAAAAGUUGAAUGAAUCAAUUCUGGAAAAGCCGCCCGUAGUAGCUGUUAGUUGAUGAAGCUAUGUUUUAAUCUCUUGGUGAGGGCGGCUGUUCUUGUUGCUCUUAUCUGACAAUCCACAUGAAUGUCUCGACAAAUACCAAAUAAUGUUUACAUAUGGACACCUAUCUGUUGUAUUGUUUUUGCUUUAAAGGCUGUCAGACUUUGCCAGUUCAUUACUGUUCUGGUGCUAAAGGCUGUGACAUGGUUGGAAAAUGUAAAGCCUUUUCUGUGCAGUGUUGCACGGGCAGUAUAGUCUUGUAAAAUGUACAGUGUAUUAUCAGUAAAAAGUAAAUACUGUGAGUGCCAAUAUCUUUAUUAAAGAACACCUUGAUAUGUAGUCAUUGUGUAUAAAAUGUUUAAAUAGAGCAGCAUUAUUCUAUUCUUGUUUACCUUAGUGAUGAUACUUUGAUGGAUAAGACUGCAGGCAGCACUUGAGGACAUAAAUGUCAAGCAUUAAUGACAAUAUGAGCAGAUUGUGUUGUGUCUUCUCAAAUAAAGAGUUUGUGUUUUAAAGUAAA